UGGACACGCCCUGUAGAGAAGUUCCUUGCUUCCGUAGCGUUGCCGAGAGCCGCCCUUCCGUCUCACCGGCGUCGCCUCGCCGAGAAGAACUGCUGCAAACGAACGAAGUGCAAAUUCAAAAGAAGUCGCUUGUUGCUACUUGUGUAACUGUCUUUGUUCUCUCUCUUUUUCUUAAAAUUUCAUAGGAAGUAGAAGGAGGAGAGAAAUUGCUCACCCUUGCCGCCGUCGCCGAGACCAGCCCUUCUUCUUCCUCCUCCACUGCUCCCUACUACCGACCCCCCAGCAUUAAGUCUGUACAAGUUGCUCCUCAAGUACAGGCCCAAGGAGAAAGCCGAAAAGAAGGAACAUCUUCUGAAACGUGUUCAAGCUGAGGCCGAAGGAAAAGCCGUAGAGGACAAGAAGCCCAUUGUUGUAAAAUAAACUUAUUGAGCAGAUUCAUUACUAAAGUCCAUCAUAGUGAAAACUUUUUCUUUUUUUUUUAGAACAAGGCACAGUUAGUAGUGAUGCUCAUGAUGUGGACUCAAUAGAAUUGGUUGUAUGGCUUCCUGCCUUUUGCAGAAAGAUGGAGAUCCCUUACUCAAUCAACCCGCCUUGCCUUUCCCUCUUCACCCCAAAAUUUGUCAAAAACUUUUUACUUUUUGAAAAAACUAUACUCUCAGACUCAGUCUGAGUGUGAGACACCAAAAUGCGAAGACUUAGGCUUAGUUACUAUUCCGACGAAGAUGAAGAAGAACACUAUAACAAUCAGCCCCAGCCCCAGCCUCAACGAUCUUCCCCCCCUACAAAUCCUAGUCCUACUAAUAAUCAGUCUCAUCUCUCACCCCUUGAAAUAUCUGACGAUGGUGAUUUUGUUGAAGUUUCUGAUGAUGACGAGGAGUUCAUUGACGUCUCUGAAAACCUCCCGCCACCUUCACCUCCUCCACCACCGCCGGCUCCACAUCCUGAUCACCACAUGCCUCAUCCUAGUACCUUUGGUUGCCCGGUUGGUGACUUUCUUCAAGGGCUUGGGUUGAGGUUGAAGAGAGAAUGGCUUGAUUCUUGUGUUCAGGGGCUUGAACGGUCUGUACCAGGCUUCGAUGACCUUGAUGUUCCUGUGAAAGCCAAGCUUUGUUUUGAGCGGUUCUUGGUUUCUGAUAUGAAUCAAUUUGGCGGUGGUUUGCUUCCUGAAAAUGUCCAUUCUCUUCACCUUGUUGAUCUUACAGGGCGUUAUGUGUUACAGGUCGACGAGAUUGUUAACAUAAGCUGUCCAUUAAAAAGUAGGUAUCAGAAAGCAGCUCCUGGGAUCAAGAGAUGUCUCAAGCUGUCAAUGACUGAUGGUGUUCAACGUGUGUUUGGCAUGGAGUACAGACCAAUUAAGGAUCUUGAUGCUUUGUCUCCUGCUGGAUUGAAGGUUGUCAUAUGUAAUGUGCAUGUACGGCAUGGCCUUCUUAUGCUGGUCCCUGAAACCUUUGAAGUUCUAGGGGGACUAGUUGAGGAAAUGGAAGCAGCACGACAGCGGCUUGUAGAUGAAGUAAAUAAACCGCCAAGAGGAAUAAGAACCAGGAACAGGGUCGUACCUCCUUUGAGGACUCGAGCAACUCUUGCUGCAUGGCCAUCUGGCAAUGAUCAUGUUGCUGGGAACAACCAUACUACAACAUCUGAUUUCAGAACCCCCUCACAGGUGCAUCAAGCUGCUACUUAUGUUGCGCCGGGUACUGAUACCAGUCAAAGGAUUGAGGAAGAGUUCCCUGGACUUGUUAAUGAAGAAAUUUAUAAUCGCAAUCCAUCAGCUAAUGUCGUUUUGGAUGCGGAAGAGUUUCCUGAUACUUAUGUUGCACCUGCUAAUGUUGCUGGUCAAAGAAUUGAGGAGGAGUUCCCUGGUCGUGUUAGCGGAGGAAAUUUCAUUCGCAAUCCAUCAGCUAAUGUCGUUUUUGGUGAGGAAGGUUCUCCUGCUCCUGCCAGUGCAGAAAGUGCUAUUUCUAAAGCACCCCGCAGUGUUGCUAUAGGUAUAGAACACCUCCAUAUGAAUGCUAUGUGCACUAACAGUACAAGUGCUGUGCGCCCCCCCGGCCAAUCUUCUGAUGUCGCUUCAGUUAUGGAUGAAACUGAUACGGAUACGGUUCCCCCUACCAUGGCAUAUUCCGCGUCCGACCCAUAUUUAAAUGACAAUGAUGAUAUUUUUAUGGUUGAGGAGGUUGAACAUCCACUCAUUCUAUCCGGAGCUCGGGAACCCCCUUUCACUUACUUAGCUAGUUUGUCAGCCAAGUUGGCUACAAUGAAAGGAAGUGUUCAUUCUGUUAACGGUAUGAUUAAGUGCUUUUUAACUGGUGUAAAAGGAUUCCAGUACAAGGAGAGAUCCUCCUAUGAUCUUCGGGUGUAUGUUGAUGAUGGUAGCCUAAUCUCUCAGAUUCGAGUACAUCAUAAUGUUGUACAGAAAUUGAUAGGCCAUUCUCCACAGGAGGUAAUUGCAGCUCUCUCUUCUUCAGACACAGGAAUAGUUAGCAACAUCAAGGAAACUUUGCUUAACUUCCAAAAAUUCUUAGCUAGUUUUGAGGGGAAAAUGCUUAUAGAGAUGCAUGAAAAACCUCAACUUCCAGUUGCUCUAGAGAUGAACGUGGGGUGUCCUGAAUCUGAUGCACUGUUGCUUUUGAGAAGAGUGAAGUCCUCUUUUUCAUCUCAAACACGACGGCCUCUUCCCGCGGAUCCCAUUGAUCUAUCCCCUUAAUUGGCUCAAACUUGUCUACCUUUACAUAUUGGUCAUGGAAGAUACAAAAAGGCUUUAAAAGUUGAAAAGGGAGAUCAAUUUACUGGUUAUAUUUGACUGAGGACUUCCUUUUAAUCAUGGAUCAUCGACCAACGAAUUGGAAAGACGUGAAAACUUGCAGAUGGAUGAGGCAGUUUUCUUUAUGGCAGUGGUCUCUUUGUUGAGCUCGAGAUCUGAGCUAUUAAAGCCUGAAAGGAAUUAGGAAAGAGGAAAGAGGUGAUUUUUGAUGGGCUUGUACGCUGCAUUGAUUUUCCAAGUGAAUUGGGUUCGGUUUUUGGUUUUUGGCAUAUCAACAGGUAACAAGUCUAGAAUUCCUGUUUCUCACUGAACCACACAUUAAGGUGGAUAUCUUUGACGAUGAAAAUGUUAAUAGCAGUUGAUACCAACUACGUUGGUUCAACAGGUGAAGAGACCUACUUGAGCUGCAUUUAUAAUGUAUUGUACAUGGUUAUUGUC